CAUGUGCUGCUGGCGUAGUGGGACUUAAGAUGCCCAGGUACUGCCUUUUUGGAGACACGGUAAAUACAGCUUCCAGAAUGGAAUCUACAGGUCUACCCUUGAAGAUACAUGUAAGUCCUCAAACAAAAGAAGUUUUGAAUAACUUUGGAUCAUUUUGUUUAGAACUUCGUGGAGAAGUGGAAAUGAAGGGAAAAGGGAAAAUGACGACAUACUGGCUUUUGGGAGAACGAAGUGAUUCUGUCGAACAAACAGUGCCAAACCACAAGCGAACUAAGAGCGUUUCUAAGACUUAAGCCUAACACAUAUGUAUAAGUUAGGAGAUAACGGUUUAAUUCGAUUUAAAUAUUAAAAUGUUGAUAACGGUAAGGUUAAGGGAAACAUGUAUUACUACACUUACUUAAUAAUGUUAGCUGGAAUAUUGCAAGGACUAAAUUUCUAUGUUUUGGAAAUAAUUUUAGGCCUUCAAACCUUUAUGCAGUCUAAAUUAAGGCAUAAGUUAUAA